AGCAGGUGAACCCGUGACCAAGAAAAAUUUCUCCAACGUCACCCCAUCUAGGAAAGAAACCCGUGCCGGAAUAGAAUAUCUUCACAUGACGGGAGAUUAAUUUAAGCUGAACGAGCUGAACGAUCUCCCAUUUCGUGCCCAACCGAAACGCAGUGGUUCGUAAGCUUUAGAUAAUCUGUGAUUAAUCUAACUACUAAUCACAAUUAGUAGUUGCAAUCUCAAAUCGCAGCAAGCACACAGACAGAGCGAGAGAAGCUAAAAAUGGCGAACGCAAUUCGGGUUUUUGAGUUGAACACCGGCGCCAAGAUUCCUUCCGUCGGCUUGGGCACAUAUCGCGCCGAUACUCAUGUCGUCAGCGACGUCAUCACCGCCGCAAUUAAGAUUGGGUAUCGUCAUAUUGAUUGUGCUCGGUUGUAUGGAAAUGAGAAGGAGAUUGGUGGUGCUCUGAAAAAGCUAUUUAAUGACGGUGUAGUGAAGCGUGAGGACAUAUGGAUCACCUCCAAACUCUGGUGCAGUGAUCAUGAACCAGAAGAUGUACCAAAGGCAAUUGACAAGACUUUGCAAGACUUGCAACUUGACUAUCUGGAUCUUUGUCUUGUGCACUGGCCAGUGAGCAUGAAGAAAGGGUCAGUUGGCUCUGAUCCUCACAACCUAACCCAACCUAAUAUACCCAGUACAUGGAAAGCAAUGGAGGCACUCUUUGAUUCUGGCAAGGCCAGGGCCAUUGGAGUCUGCAAUUUCUCUUCAAAGAAGCUUGGAGAUCUGUUGGAGGUGGCACGAAUACCUCCUGCAGUUAAUCAAGUGGAAUUGCACCCUCACUGGCAGCAACUAAAGCUGCACGCUUUCUGUAAAUCCAAGGGAAUUCACUUAACUGGAUUUGCACCAUUGGCAAGGAACAAGGUCCUUACAAAUCCUAUUGUGAAUUUGGUAGCAGAAAAAUUGGGCAAGACUACUGCCCAAGUGACUCUUCGGUGGGGGCUGCAAAUGGGCCACAGUCUAGUGCCUAAAAGCACAAAUCCAGAAAGGAUACGGGAAAAUUUUGAUAUUUUCGAUUGGUCUAUACCUGAAGACUUGUUUGCCAAGUUUUCUGAAAUUAAUCAGGAGAGGCUUAUUAAAGGUACUGGUUUCGUGCAUGAGACUCUAGGUGCAUACAGGACCGUGGAAGAACUAUGGGACGGCGAGUAAUGAGCAGAACCUUGAUGUUAGGAAUGUCUUCAGUAUAGUAAGUCGGGGAGGAUUAUCCUGUACGUGAAGAUAUUGCCGAAGGUCGAAAAUGUUGCAUCUGUUAGGUGUUGAAAUGGUGGAACUGUUCACUGUUGCUUGUUCAAUUUUCUUUCCGAACAUGCAUUUUUUCUCAUCUCUGUACAAUGUUACAGAAACCAACUAGUGGUGGUCCGAUUUCUC